AAAACCCCUCUCUUCCAAGAAGAUAAUUACCUGCUGCCUAAGGCUGGGGAUGUCGUUUCCACAGCUUUACCGCAUCAAUACGCGACCGAUACCCUUGCAUGUGAGAAAAGUGGCGUGGCGUGGUGUUUUUGUCCCUUCACCAUAGCCCCGGCUAUAUCAUCCACACCGAUGGGGGACGGCCAUGAGGACCCAGUGCAUAGAGGCGUUUCCUCCUUUCUCCCACUCAUGGCAAUGAGCAUCCACCAUGAGGAAGGACAAACAACGGUAUCAACUCGCUCCAACCGAGGAGGACAAAGACCGCAAUGACCAUGAGGCCCUGUCCGAGACCGCGGGGGAACGCGCGACCACCAGCCCGCGCCAGCGCACCUGGCUGCGGAUACACUACAGCAUCAUCACGGUCGCAUACACGCUGCUAAUCCCCCUCUACCUCCUCCUUCUGACCCAUAACCCGCUCGCCCUCGACAGACUCAUUACCACCAUCAAGACCACCGCCCCCAGCAACGCCAUCUUCCCUUCCCUCCGCGCCGCCAACGCCGUAGGCUACGAAAGCCGCCCGUGGCCCGUCCGCCUCCACGACAACCCGUUCGCCGGCAAACCGCGCCCGGAGCUCGAGGCCGCCUGGCACACGCUAUUUGAGAAGAACAACAUCCGCGUCACUGAGGAGGACCUCGCCUUUUACAACGUCACCUCCCUCCCGAUCGUUGGGGCCGCAGGCCAAGGCGAAGGUGCGGGGGAGUUCGUCGGCCAGCUGGGAGUGUUCCACGAACUACACUGCCUCAAGCGCGUCCGCCACUGGAUCUACCGCGACCAUUAUCUAUCGGACGCCCCCGCGGCGGUGCUGGUGGAGGAGGAGGCGCACGUCGACCACUGCAUCGAGCUGCUCCGGGAGGCGAUUCUGUGUCGGGCAGACGUGACGCUGAGCGGGUUCCGGUGGAUUGAGGCCGACUCCGAAGGCAAGAGAAGGGAGCUGACGGUCGAGGCGAAGGGAAAUCAUGUCUGCGUUAACUGGGAGCGAUUGCGCGCGUGGAACGAUGCACGGGCGGUGGAUGCAUGGGAGCCCGGGGUUUUGGGCGGUGCUUAGAUCAAUGACUUUAUGUAUAUGGCAGAUGGUUUAGGUUUAUGACGAUCAUGACUCGUUGAAUAGCUAAUAAAGAAACUCAUGAUAU